AGCUUCAAAUACAUGUAGAGAGCUGCUAGUCGGCUAACGGAAUCGACCGAAACCAAAAGAAGAGAGGAGCCUUAUCGUCCGGGUUGCUUCACCUGGCACACGCACUUAUUCACCCUCGACCGGGGACACGGAUAAUCCGACAGAAGACGUCGAAACUACGGGGAAAGUGAGGUUUAUCGAAGGGCAGUGCGAGGUCUUGUCGUUGGGCGAGAAUAAGCUGGAUAAAAUCGCCAGCUAGCUUUGUUACCAACUCCGCGCAUACGUAGUUUUAGCUCGCUAGCAAGCUAACUACGCUAGCUCGAGAAGAAAGGCCGUCGAGUUGACCCCGCGUCAAAUCACCUAACAGAGAGCGAAUCAUCCUGGCAUAUCACGGUUGCCUCUCACUGCUUGGAUCGGAACACAUUGAAAUAAAAGAGAAGAACAUCGAGAGAGGAUGGCUCUGAAAAGGAUCAACAAGGAGCUCAGCGACCUGGCUCGUGACCCUCCAGCACAGUGCUCAGCUGGCCCAGUGGGUGAUGACAUGUUUCACUGGCAAGCCACAAUCAUGGGACCUAGCGACAGUCCAUAUCAGGGAGGAGUUUUCUUCUUGACAAUUCAUUUUCCAACAGACUACCCCUUCAAACCACCCAAGGUUGCAUUUACAACAAGAAUUUACCACCCAAAUAUUAACAGUAAUGGCAGUAUCUGUCUGGAUAUUCUCAGAUCACAGUGGUCUCCUGCACUUACUAUUUCUAAAGUACUUCUCUCCAUUUGCUCACUCCUAUGUGACCCAAACCCCGACGACCCACUAGUGCCAGAGAUCGCACGAAUCUACAAAACAGAUAGUGUGAAAUACACCAGAACAGCAAAAGAAUGGACAAGCAAAUACGCAAUGUGAUGGCAUCGCUUGGAAAGCUGGUGGAAAAUGUCAUCGCUGGUUCAAACUGAAAAAAAAACCCCGGAAUUAUGUUUUCUUUACACUUUUUUUUUCUUUUUCUUUUAUUUUCUGUUAAUCAGAACAUUUUACCCCCCCUCCUCCUCCUCCCUGCAUUUCACCUGUGCGCUCAUAAGAAGAUAGUGUUUUUUCUCUAGGACACGUGCCAGUUUCUGUGAAGUUUCUGCUCCCAUUUUGUGCGGAGUUUAAAAAAAUAAAAUAAAAUGGAAAAAAAAAAAGAGGAAAAAAAAAAAGUUCUGAACACUCAGUCUGAGCAUGCACCAGUAAGAGUUCUUACAACCCGAAAUUGGUGAUGUUAUUCAUUCACUCUGCACACACUUAGUAGAAUCUGAUGCAACUGGUCUCCUGACAACAAACAUUAUAUCAACCCCACGAUGAUCCAGCUGUUUAACUGGUCGGCUCCUGUGGGGUUGAUAUUUUGCUGGAUCACUGGAUUUCUCAGAGCACUUAGAGAGGCCUGUCUUAUGCCAUGCCUGUAAAAUUCAGAAUUUUAAAGCUCAAAUUGGCUAAAUAAAUCUUGGCUCUUGUAUCUGCCUCCUGGACUGGUGUGAUGUCGGUAUGUUCUUCUGAUCAUUAGUAUAGGAAUCUAUUACCUAAGGAAAGAAGUGUAUCUUAUUCCACUAUCAAAGUGUGUGUACAGAGAAGCACAGCAGUAUAUAUCAAUGUUAAGGAAACAAAAUAUAAGAACUUCAAUGUUGUAUUUUAUGCAUGUUAAUAAAGGUAGGCUAUUAUAUCUGAUAUGUUUCUGCAAAUUAAGUGGAGUGUAAGGCUGGAAGUUGGAAAAAAUUUGGUUCCCCUCAAAGGCUUUCUAUUUCUUUUUGUUAUUUAGAAGCCAGUAGAUAUUAGUUUUAUGCCCACAUGAACACUGUCUUCUUGUAGCCCUAAAAUAUUGAUGCAAAGCUGAUGGUUGAUAAUCAACUUCUGGCUCUGUUUUGUUUUUACUUUUCCCUUCAAUAAAGUUACUUAAACCAUAAAAA